UUUGCAACUCUGGCUAAUAGGUGGUGGGGUGGUGGGGUGGGCUUGCCUGGCCUAGAGCCAGGAUCUUGCUCACCUAUCCUACUAACAAAACAACUUUCAGUAAAUGAAAGUAGAAGCAGUGGUGAAAAUCAAGAAGACAACGAUCGCGAAAAUGGCGAUCAUGAACCUAAAGAAGGUGCUGUUGAAGUUGGAAAUCGAAGACCUAGAGGUCGUCCUCCAGGAUCAAAGAACAAACCCAAACCACCAAUUUUUGUAACCCGCGAUAGCCCUAAUGCCCUCCGGAGCCACGUUAUGGAGGUGGCCGGAGGCACAGAUGUGGCCGAUAGCAUUGCUCAAUUCGCGAGGAGGCGCCAACGGGGCGUUUGUGUACUGAGUGGGAAUGGUACGGUUGCAAAUGUAACCCUAAGGCAGUCAUCAGCUCCAGGUGUUGUUGUUCUUCAAGGAAGAUUUGAAAUUUUGUCGUUGACCGGAGCUUUUUUGCCCGGUCCAGCCCCUCCUGGCGCGACCGGGUUAACAGUGUACUUGGCCGGUGGCCAAGGACAGGUGGUUGGUGGUAGUGUUGUUGGACCAUUAGUAGCUGCUGGACCGGUCAUGAUAAUAGCAGCCACUUUUUCUAAUGCAACAUAUGAAAGAUUGCCACUAGAAGAGGAGGAGGACGGCGGAGGCGAUGGACCCGGCCAGUCUCCAGUACUGGCCGGAAAUUCGCCUCCAGCCUUAGGUUCAAGUGGUGAAAGAACGCAACAACAACAACAACAUGAGUUGCCUGAUCCAUCAUCACUGCCUAUCUAUAAUUAUACACCAAAUUUAUUACCAAAUGGUGGACAAGUGAAUCAUGAUGCUUAUGCUAAUUGGGCAACUCCUCGACCACCUUAUUAAGAAGAAAAAAAAGAAAAAAGAAAUUUGAGGAAUAAAAAGAAGAUAGGAAGAGAUGAUCACUACAAGGUAAUUUUCUAUCUGCAUUUGAUUUUAUACAAAGGAGUUUAAUGUUUGUGUUUAUAGGAAAAUGUUUUGGAAGAAGUAUAUAUAGUCAGGAUUGAGAAACUAUAUACUUUUUCUAAGUAAAUAAACAUUUUCUCUAGCAGCUUCCAUUAUGAUUGAAAUAAAAUAUGUUUUCCUUUUUCUCCAAUAAAUAAAUAACUCUAUCUUUUAGUUAGUGUUUACUAGAAGAAUUAUAGGAGGAUGUGUUCAUAAUGUCUUUGUUGUUGUUUCUCUAUUUGUGCUUCAAUAUUUUGACUAGAAAACGAUGAAUGCAAUCAUGUGGUUUUAAUUUGU